GUUAAUGGUUUGGGCAGGGGCUGGGCGUGGGACGCAAGGGUCAGAUGUUCCUCUGGGAUGGGGACCGGCGCGCAGGCUGCUAUUCCAGAGCUCUGAUCACAGUCACCUAUUUAUAGCGCUGGGGGGCCCUCCCCACACGGGCGGCAGAGAGGCGGCUCUGCUGCAAUGUCACCCCGCGUCACCGCCACUGCGGGCUGCCGGCACCUGCCGCUGCCGCAGGAGAUACAGAGAAGAGACCCCGGGGCCGCCAGGCACUGUGUGGGGUGGGGAAGCGGCCGGCCACAUGGGCAGCACCAUGGAGCCCCCCGGGGGCGGCUACCUGCACCUGGGAGCUGUGACGUCCCCGGUGGGCACUGCCCGCGCGCUGCAGCUGGCCUUCGGCUGCACCACCUUCAGCCUGGUGGCCCACCGGGGCGGCUUUGCGGGCGUCCAGGGCACCUUCUGUAUGGCCGCCUGGGGCUUCUGCUUCGCACUCUCGGUCCUGGUGGUGGCCUGUGAGCUCACCCGGCUGCACGGCUGCCUGCGCCUGUCCUGGGGAAACUUCACGGCAGCCUUCGCCAUGCUGGCCACGCUGCUGUCCGCCACGGCCGCCGUCAUCUACCCGCUCUACUUCACGCGGCUGGAGUGCCCGCCCGAGCCCGAGGGCUGUGCCACCAGGGACUUCCGCCUGGCAGCCAGCGUCUUCGCGGGGCUCCUCUUCUUGGCUUAUGCCGCAGAGGUGGCCCUGACCCGAGCCCGGCCAGGCCAGGUGGCCAGCUACAUGGCCACUGUGUCGGGGCUCCUCAAGAUCGUCCAGGCCUUCGUAGCCUGCAUCAUAUUCGGCGCACUGGUCCACGACAGCCGCUACGGGCGCUACAUGGCCACCCAGUGGUGUGUGGCCGUCUACAGCCUGUGCUUCCUGGCCACGGUGGCCGUGGUGGCCCUCAGCGUGAUGGGACACACGGGGAACCUGGGCUGCCCCUUCGACCGCGUGGUGGUGAUGUACACCUUCCUGGCCGUGCUCCUCUAUCUCAGUGCUGCGGUCAUCUGGCCCGUCUUCUGUUUCGACCCCAAGUACGGGGAGCCCAGGAGGCCCCCCGACUGCCUGACGGGCAGCUGUCCCUGGGACAGCCAGCUGGUGGUGGCCACCUUCACCUACGUCAACCUGCUCCUCUACGUCGCCGACCUGGCCUACUCCCAGAGGAUCCGCUUUGUGCCCACCUUGUAGCUGGACAGGCAGCGAUCCACCCACCUCUGCUUUCAGAGGUCACGAAGGGACCCAGGUGAACCCAGACCCCCAAGGAUGAGCAGAGGGAGGUAGCCAGGAGAGCUGGGCCUGGACUUCUGGCGGCCCCAGCAGCUGCGCUUGGGGUGGGGCGGAGGGGGCCAGAGCGGCAGGUGAGGCUUCUGCCAGGCGGCUCCCACCCCUCUCCCCGCUCCCUGUCUGUCUCUGUCUCCGUCGCUCUCCCUUUGCUGGCACUCCCUGUCUUAGUGCUGGGCAGUGUAACACAUGAAAAUCCUUUGAAGCAGCUGCUGU